GCUCACCAAAAACCGGAAACGGAAGCUUUCGUGAGCGCGUCGUCACCUCGAAGAUCUCUGCCUGGUUUCAGGCCUCACCCGGACUCUGCAUCCAGUGGCCCCCAGCCUUCAGGAGGAGGGCAGAGCAGCGCCAUGAGCCAUUAGCUGCUCUCACUCGUGCCUCAUAGAUUUAGACUGUGGACUCCUGGUUCUCCAUCAGCAGACAUCAUGACAUCCUCAAUGCUUCGCAGACAACUGAAGAACCUGGUCCAGAACUAUUCUGAGGCAGAGGUUAAGGUUCGAGAAGCCACCUCCAACGACCCUUGGGGGCCUUCCAGCUCGCAGAUGGCCGACAUCUCUGACCUGACCUACAAUGUGGUGGCCUGCAAUGAGAUCAUGACCAUGCUGUGGAAACGUUUGAAGGACGACAAGAACUGGAGGCACAUCCACAAGUCGCUGACCCUGCUGGAGUACUUGCUGAAGACUGGAGACGACCGCGUGCUCCUGAAAAUGAAGGACAACGUCUACAUCGUCAAAGCCCUUACAGAGUAUCGCUUUGUGGAGAAAGAUGGCAAAGAUCAGGGUUCAAAUGUGAGAGAGAAGGCCAAGGUGGUUCUUGUUCUCAUGGAGGAUGAUGAGAAACUAAAAGAAGAACGAGACUUUGCUGUCAAGACCAGAGAGAAGACCUCUAAAGGUGCUGCAGCUUCAUCGUCAGACAGCGUCAAGGAUCCUAACUACAAGCCGUGUUAUGUUGCCGGAUCCUCGGGUCUUCCAUCCCUAGACAACAUUCCCUCAGUGGCCGACCUGACUGCUUCCUUCGCCGCCCGCAAGGAGGAACGCAUCAAACAGGAAGUGCAAAAGAAAGAGACUGAGAGGAGGGCAAAAUUGUCCGAAGAUGAGCUCAAGUGGGAGGAUGCAGGAAAAGAAGAAGGUGAUGUCCAAGACGCCUGGGGGGGAAACAAGAAGGAGGAGGCCACUGAUCCUUGGGGCGCAGUUUCCAGACCCGACGCAUCCGAAGCUGGUUCUGCUAAAACUGAUAAGAAUUCUUUUGACUUUUCAUCAAAGAAUGGAGACGCUCCUAAGAACAAGCCAGACCCAUUUACCGCUUCACCCGAAAGAGGCGAUCCUUUUGUGGCCCAAAAUGCCUCUACUCCAAAAAAAAUGUCACCAAAUGACGAAGAAGAUAUAAUGGCUACUCCUGAAAAUGAAACGCAUCCAUUUAGUUCAUCUAACAGCGACCCAUUCAACGCCCCUAAAGAUGACCCAUUCAACGCCCUUAAAGACGACCCAUUCAACGCCCCCAAGGACGACCCCUUCAAGGCCCCCAAGGACGACCCCUUCAACGCCCCCAAAGACGACCCCUUCAACGCCCCCAAAGACGACCCCUUCAACGCCCCCAAAGACGACCCCUUCAACGCCCCCAAGGACGACCCCUUCAACGCCCCCAAGGACGACCCCUUCAACGCCCCCAAAGACGACCCCUUCAACGCCCCCAAAGGCGACCCCUUCAACGCCCCCAAAGACGACCCCUUCAACGCCCCCAAGGACGACCCCUUCAACGCCCCUAAGGACGACCCCAUCAACGUCCCCAAAGACGACCCUUUCAACGCCCCCAAAGAGGACACCUUCCACGCCCCUAAAGACGACCCCUUCCACGCCCCUAAGGACGACCCCUUCAACGCCCCUAAAGACGACCCCUUCAACGCCCCUGAAGACGACCCUUUCAACACCCCUAAGGAUGACCCCUUCAACACCCCUAAGGACGACCCCUUCAACGCCCCUAAAGACGAACCCUUCAACGCCCCUAAAGACGACCCUUUCGGUGCUCUCAAAGACGACCCCUUCGACUCCCCCAAAGAUGACCACUUCAGCGCCCCUAAAGACGACCCUUUUAAUGCUCCCAAAGAUGAUCCACUCAAAUCCCCUGGAGAUGACCCGUUCAACGCCCCCAAAGACGACCCGUUUAGUGCCCCUAAAAACGACCCAUUUAGUGCCCCUAAAAACGGCGACAAGUUUAGUGCUCUAACAGACGACUCAUUUAGUAGCCCAAAAGAUGACCAGUUUAACACCCAGAAAAACAACGACCCCAAAGCUGACCCUUUCAGCGCCCCUAAAGAUGGUGACCCAUUUAGCACACCUAAAGAAAAAUCCCCCUCAAAAGAAGAUGUUUUGUCAGCAACUUGUGCAGAUCCUGAAAAAAUGCCCCCCUGUAAGGACGAGCCUUUUACUGCCCCCGCUAAAGAGCACCCCUUUGCAGUCCAGUCCGAUGCAUCGUCAGACCCCUUCAUUACCCCCCCACUGAGCUCGCCCCAAGGCGGGGGAGACAUGUGGGGCGCCCCCCCAUGCUCUGCACCCACACCUGGCUCAGAUCCUUGGGGGACUGGACCAAGCGCUUCUUCACCUGUUGAUGGUGGCGAUCCGUUCGGGGAUGGUGCUACCAAAGCAGACAAUGACCCAUGGGGGUGCGCAGGUUCCGAUGACGCUUGGGGGGCGUCUUCCCCCCCAACAAACGACCCAUUUGGAGACGGCGCCUGUAAAGCCAAAGGAGGUGCAGAGGCACCCACGCCGGAUCCCAGGAACCCACCCUCCAAUGUGACGCUGACCCCCAGGCAGAAGGAGGAGUUGGCCAUCAUCAGGAGGAAGCAGCUGGCCAACGCCGUCCACUACAUCUGGGAGACAGGAGAGGACAAGUACAUGCUGCGCUACUUCCAUACCGGCUUUUGGCUCUCCUGUGAGAAGCACAACGAAGGUGAAGACCAGGAAGAAAAGUGUCGCAGUUUCAUCGAGCUGACGCCAGGAGAGACUCAGGGCGUCCUGUGGCUUUCGGUCAUCAGCGAGUUCAUGUACAUCGGCCUGCUGGCCAUGGGCUUCCUGCUCAUGUGGGUGGAGGCCAUUUGCCUGUGUGCCAAGAGGGAGAUGAACGCCCUCAAGAUCAAUGCCUAUGCCGCCAUGUGCACCGUGCUGUCAGGCCUGAUGGGCAUGAUGGCCCACAUGAUGUACACCACCGUCUUUCAGAUGACCGUCAGCAUCGGCCCCAAAGACUGGAGACCUCAGACGUGGGACUACAGCUGGUCAUUCGCCAUGGCGUGGCUGUCGUUUAGCUGCUGCAUGGCGGCCGCCGUGGCCACGCUCAACUCUUACACCAAGACACUCAUUGAGAUGAAGCACCGGGCUCGCAUGCGGCUGGAGGAGGCCCGCGCCACCGCCCGCGCUCCUUCCUACGAAGAGGUGGUUCGAGCGGGUGGUGGGGUCUACUCCGUCAGCCAGCUGAUCCAGCUGGGCCAGCAGGGGGCACUCAUGGACCCCCUUUGGCCACGGGGAGUGGGCCCGGCUGUCGGGCCACUGGCCUGCAGUGCAGGCGGGGCACUGCUCGUUGGUGGCGGAGGGAUCGGAGUCGGCGGAAUGGGAGCCAUCGCAAUAGGAUCAGGGGGAUCAUUUGGGGAGCAGCCUGCGGGGGACCCUCGUGGCUUAGUUGUGGUGGAAGGGUGCGGUAUCGACGGCUGCGAAGACUGCGAGAGAGAGCUGGAUGACAUGGACUACGCUAUGCAGGAGGAGAGACAGGAUUCGCUUUGCUAGCACUUCUUCCGACACCUGCUGGCUUGGGGUGAUACCAUGGCUCUCACAAGCUACCUGCUUAGUAACAAACUCUCUAGUCACACCGGAGCAAACAAGUGUGCUGCUUUGUAGCAAACACGCUAGCUUAUUUGUAAGAAGCACGCAAGCUGAUUUGUUGCAAAAAAUGUUAGCUGCUUUGUUGCACGCUCAGGUGAGACUUUUAGCAGCAUUCAAGCAACAAGAACAGGUGAGUUCUCUCUACCGGAACAGGUUUUGGGGAUUUUUGGGUUAAGGAUUUGGGAAGCAGUGACUCACUUAUGGGGGCUUCACGGUGGGAGAGGGGUUAGUGCGUCUGCCUCACAAUACGAAGGUCCUGCAGUCCUGGGUUCAAUCCCAGGCUAGGGAUCUUUCUGUGUGGAGUUUGCAUGUUCUCCCCGUGAAUGCGUGGGUUCCCUCCGGGUACUCCGGCUUCCUCCCAUUUCCAAAGACAUGCACCUGGGGAUAGGUUGAUUGGCAACACUAAAUUGGCCCUAGUGUGUGAAUGAGAGUGUGAAUGUUGUCUGUCUAUCUGUGUUGGCCCUGCGAUGAGGUGGCAACUUGUCGAGGGUGUACUCCGCCUUCCGCCCGAUUGUAGCUGAGAUAGGCGCCAGCGCCCCCCGCGACCCCAAAAGGGAAUAAGCGGUAGAAAAUGGAUGGAUGGAUGACUCACUUAUGUUGUAUGGAUGAUUUUUUUUUUAAGUGUAUUUAUGGAUUGAAGUAUUUAAUAUUGCCCCCAAAUCCUAACUAAUCUGCUGUGUGAACAACGUGUGGACUUUUGUUGAGAGUAUUUUGCUAUGCUGGAGGAUUAAAGGGCUAUUGUGUGAGAGUUUGCACAUUGUGGACAGUGCAUUGAAUUGAUCUAUAUGCACAAGCUGGUGUACAUUUUGUGAACAUAUAUCAGGGAUUAAAGAGCAGGACAUUAAAUAAUAAAACAUGUUUCUUUAAAGAGCAAACAUGCAGUAUUCCCUUGUGUAACUUCAGGAUUUGUCCAAGUUGCAGCAUUUAAUGAAAGAAUGAAAGCUUUGGACCUGAGACAGAUGCUCUGCUCAAGCUUAUUGGAAUAAUCUGCACGCAGGCUGUGAUUGAGAGACAUACAAGGUCACCGUGUGCUAUGUGGCCACUAAUUACAAGUAGAAGGUAGAAUUAUACAACACUUUACAAACAUAAAGAAACGAAGGGUUAACGUGGUCCACUAGAAAGAUGUGAAAUAAAAAUGCAGAUAAGACAAAAUGUAUCUAUUUUGCGUUAGCGAAAGAAAGAAAAACAAAUGUCGCCAUCUAGAGGCACACGCCUCUCACCCUCAGAUGAAAGAAUGUGUAUUCUUACUCAUGGUUGAACGACUGCAUAUUCCUACAAUUGGUAAAAGAAUGCAAAUUCCUACCCAUGGUUAAAAAAAGAGUGGAAUGGAUGAAAGACUGUAUAUUCCUACCCAUGGUUAAAAUAUUGCUUUUUCUACGGAUGGCUGAAAGCGUGGGAAUUCUUACCCAUGGAUGAAAGAGUGUUUUCCUACGGAUGGUAGAAAGCGUUUACUCAUGGUUAAAAAGGUGUGCUGGAUGGAAGAGUGCAUAUUCCUACUCAUGGUUGAAAGACUGUACUUCCUACAGAUGGUUGAAAGUGUAUGAAUUUUUACCCAUGGAUGAAAGAGUGCGUUUUCCUACAUAUUGGUUGAAAGAAUGUGAAUUCUUACCCAUGGUUCAAAGACUGGGCUUCACAGUGGCAGAGGGCUUAGUGUGUCUGCCUCACAAUACAAAGGUCCUGCAGUCCUGGGUUUAAUCCGAGGGUCGGGAUCUUUCUGUGUAGAGUUUGCAUGUUCUCCCCGUGAAUGCGUGGGUUCCCUCCGGGUACUCCGGCUUCCUCCCACUUCCAAAGACAUGCACCUGGGGAUAGGUUGAUUGGCAACCCUAAAUGGUCCCUAGUGUGUGAAUGUGAGUGUGAAUGUUGUCUGUCUAUCUGUGUUGGCCCUGCGAUGAGGUGGAAACUUGUCCAGGGUGUACUCCGCCUU